AUGCCUAAGAUAGACAUUAGUAAAGGUAAGCUAGUCGAAGAGACGGCUAGAGUAUACGAAGAGGUCGCCGACGAGCUACGUAGCACUAGGAAAGAGAAGGCCGUCGUCUACUACCGUAGUAAGAAAGACUAUGAGGAGAUGGCGGAAAAGCUAGGCUACGGCUUCUUCUACGCCGGACACAUCGACGGCGAGGAAACGCUAGAGUAG